UUUGCUGCAUCUUAGGCUGAAUACUGCAUGCAAGAUUGUUUUCAAAACGGCAUUAUCUAGUAAGCAGUAUAUGUUUUGUAUUUUUGUGACGUCCUUAUACGAAGUGCAUUGCCUGCAAAGUGCCAACAAAGUAUCUACAAACGUUGCUACUCCUUUUGGAAAAUGUAGGCCAAGUUUAGAUCAGAACUGCUUCCUUGCUCGUUUCACAAAUACAUGGUCGAAUAAUAUUUGUUUAUUCCACGUUGCGUAAUGUUUUGGAGGUUUUCAGACAAGUGGACAUAACUUACAAAAAAAAGUCCAUUAGGGGAAUGUGUCGCGGUUUGGUAGUGAAACCACAAGUCCCAUAAUGCAUUUGGGUGUCGCUGUACCUCCAUUCACAUCCGCUCGCCUCGAGAUCAGCGCUGGAAAAAGGUCUGAGAAAUUGCGGCGAUGUCAGUCCAGGUUGUGGCAGCGAAAAUGGCAGAGGUCGACCUCAAAGACGUCUCCGCCGGCAAGGAGCUGCCGACCGAGUCCCCGGUGACGCCCACCUCGGAAGACAAGACCCUCACCAGAAAUGAGCCGCAGAAGGAGGUCGGUUCCUCUGCCUCAGCCGCUACGUCUCCCGCCGCGGAGCCCUCUACGAAAGCCGGGGAAGGCAGCCGGGGUUUGCUUACCCCGAGCGCCGCCAAGAUGCCACAGGCGUCCGCGAUGAAGCACUCGGACCCACAGCAGAACGGCGGAGAAGCCUUCGUGAACCGCGACGGUACGGUGGCCGAGGCUCCACGGAUGAAAAAGAUCCAGUUUGCAGACCAGAAACAGGAGUUCAGCAAGCGCCCCUCUAAGAUCGGCAGGCGCUCUCUGUCCAGGUCCAUCUCCCAGUCCUCCACAGACAGCUACAGCUCAGCGGCUUCAUACACGGACAGCUCCGACGAUGAGACCUCUCCCCGGGACAAGCAGCAGAAGAACUCCAAAGGCAACGGAGAUUUCUGCAUCAAAAACAUCAAGCAGGCCGACUUUGGACGCAGAGAGAUCGAGAUCGCCGAGCAAGAGAUGCCAGCUCUGAUGGCUCUGAGGAAGCGAGCUCAGGGGGAGAAACCCCUCGCUGGUGCCAAGGUGGUGGGCUGCACACACAUCACCGCCCAGACUGCAGUGCUGAUGGAGACUCUGUCAGCUCUGGGGGCUCAGUGCAGGUGGGCAGCCUGUAACAUCUACUCCACCCAGAAUGAAGUGGCAGCAGCUCUGGCAGAAGGAGGUUUCAGUGUGUUCGCCUGGAAAGGUGAGUCAGAGGAUGACUUCUGGUGGUGCAUCGAUCGCUGCGUCAACGUGGAAGGCUGGCAACCGAACAUGAUUCUGGAUGACGGGGGAGACUUGACUCACUGGAUUUAUAAAAAGUAUCCCAACAUGUUCAAGAAGAUCAAGGGCAUCGUGGAGGAGAGUGUUACUGGUGUUCACAGGUUGUACCAGUUGUCCAAGGCAGGGAAGCUGUGUGUUCCCGCCAUGAACGUCAACGACUCUGUCACCAAACAGAAGUUUGACAACCUUUACUGCUGCAGAGAAUCCAUCUUAGAUGGCUUGAAGAGGACCACUGAUGUGAUGUUUGGAGGCAAACAGGUUGUGGUGUGUGGAUAUGGUGAGGUUGGAAAAGGCUGCUGUGCUGCCCUCAAAGCGAUGGGCUCCAUCGUCUACGUCACAGAGAUCGACCCCAUCUGUGCCUUGCAGGCCUGCAUGGAUGGCUUCAGGCUGGUGAAACUCAACGAAGUCAUUAGACAAGUGGACAUCGUCAUCACCUGCACAGGCAAUAAAAAUGUUGUGGUGAGAGAGCACCUCGACCGCAUGAAGAACGGCUGCAUUGUCUGCAACAUGGGGCACUCCAACACUGAGAUCGAUGUGGCCAGCCUGCGGACCCCUGAACUAACCUGGGAGAGGGUACGCUCGCAGGUGGACCAUGUCAUCUGGCCUGAUGGCAAGAGGAUAGUUCUGCUGGCAGAGGGCCGCCUGCUGAACCUCAGCUGCUCCACUGUGCCCACAUUUGUGCUGUCCAUCACUGCCACAACCCAGGCUCUGGCCCUGAUAGAGCUUUACAACGCCCCCGAGGGACGAUACAAGCAGGAUGUUUAUCUGCUGCCCAAGAAAAUGGAUGAGUAUGUGGCCAGUCUACAUCUCCCAACGUUUGAUGCACAUCUCACAGAGCUGACUGAUGAGCAGGCCAAGUACCUGGGCUUGAACAAGAAUGGGCCCUUUAAGCCAAACUACUAUAGGUAUUAAACCGUUGUUGAGUUGAAUGAGGAAAUAUCAGUACUCCAUGAACCGCACAGACUCUCACAGGGAGAAGAGGAGGAGGGAAAGAAGAAUAGACAACAUAGUCAAAACAUCUGCCCUUCUGCCCUAUAUUUGGGGCGAAGGAGAGGCCCUAACGUUUUCUGCCAUCAUGGCACGCGGUUAUUUUACUCCCACCUGACAACAGUAAUCAUCUUAUUAAUAAAAAUAAUACAGUAACUACUUUCUAGAGCCACUCUUGCCUCUAGCUCCUCCUUCAACAAGAGUUGUUUUACUUUAUUUCCACUCAUCACCUCACUAUCUCUCUUUACAUGAUCAUUUGUGCGUCGAGUUGUAUGUUAAUCUUCUAUCCUCCCUCCACGCUGCCAGAUUUUUGAUUCUUUAUCAAUAUAAGAUGAAACACAAACUCUUUAAAUAAAACUUUGAUUUUUUUUUUCUUUUUGAAAUAAGUGUGCAAAUGAAGAUUUCGUCAUAGACCGUUUUUCCCUUUUUUGUCGUUUUAUUUCUCCUCGUCUUUCUUUUUCUACCUUUGAUUUUCAGUUUUUAAAAAGGGCGGGUUGCAGAUCUUGUUGGAGGGUCUCAGGGGUCCAAUCAUAUCUUGUAUUUUAAUGUUUUUUUUUCUUGUUUUUUUGUAUAAACAUGACUGGAUGUGGACUGUUUCUCCUCACCUGUCUCUUAAACCCCCAGUGAAAGCAUCUCAUUGGCUGCUCUUUAGUUUCCAGCUGCUCAAACACCAGUGUUGAAGUCACAAAAAGUAUUUGACCCUUUUUUCUUUCUAUUUUAUUUCUUCAACAAUAAUGACUAUACUGUAUUAGACGCAUGGCAGAUUGUCAAAUCAAUACAAAGGUAUACUCUAUAUUUAGAUAUUUAUAUAGAAUUUAAGAUUUUUCUAUCUUUCCAUCUAAAACCUUUCAUUAUGACUGAAUCAUGUCGCACAGAUAAGCAAUUAAAUGUUCUAUUCAUCUGUAAUAAAUGUACUCGAACCUUCAUUCUCAAUACUGUGACAAGAGUAUUUACAUAGCAUGAAACAGUUUAUUGCAGGUAACAACAGGUUAAUGGUACUAAAAGGUACAAAAAAAACAAACUUUCUAACUCAUGAUUGUUUUUAUCUUAAUCACAGAAGCACAUUCAUCUUCAUGUUUGUAGAUCUGACUUUGCGAUGACUUUCCAUCCGCUGUUGAAGGAUUUUUUUUUUUUUUUUUCGGUCGUAUAAUAAUCUGCAGUCAAUAUUUAGAUCUCAUCUGCACAGUCCUCAUUGCUUCACCAGCUGUAAACCCAAACCAAUAUAAAAAAGCUUUCACAAGUUUUACAUGACCCUCCAGAUCUACUGACACCCCUUGUAAACUACAACCAAAAGCCUGAAAUGUAUCUUUCAUCUGUUAACAGUUCUGUUAAAGUAUAUAAAACUGAAGAAUUUUUUUAAUUACGCGUUGGAUCAGCAUCUAAAUUCCAUUAAAUUGUAAUAUGACCUCCUGUUUCUCUGGUGUACAGAUGCACAUCAAAAUGGGAAAGACUAGUAAACAGCGAUCUCUGGUUUUAUUCAAGUUUUGCUCUGCUGAUACAAAUUUCUCUUUAGGAUCUAGAAUAUGAGGAAAUAUAAGAACAGCAUUCAAAAUAUUUUCUAACCUUGAGCACUUUUAUUAACAUUAGGAGUAGAGGUGAUAUCAUUUUAAAACAAUGCUUUACUUUCAUCUUUUCAGAUGACCAAAUACUACAGGGUGAAUUUUUAAACUAGCUUUGCCAUUUUAUAUUAACAUUUAGCGUGGCUAGCAUUACUAAAAUUUAAAUGAAAUCUCAUUUAUCCUCAUUUAUCAUGUUCCAUGAUACCAAGGGUUGAAAGCUAUCAUAUUGAAAAUAAAAUGAGGCAAACUGAAAACUUUGAAUUAAAAAAUACUGAAGAGUAUUGUCGGAGUGAACUUGUCAUACUAGUAGUAGUUCAUUGACUGGGAUAUGACCAGCCAAGUCAGACCCAAUAAAGCUGAAAAUCUCUUAAGAUUCCAGUCAACAGCCAGACAUCGAUGCAUCUCUGCAAUUGAACAUCACUGGAAUAAGUGAUUAUUGGUUAUUUGUAUUAGACACAGUUGUGAUGUCUCACUGUGUGAAAGAGAAAGUGAACUCACUGUAAGAGUCCUGCAUUAUUACUGCUUUUAAACACCGACAACAUUGGUGUCUUAAGUUAGUGAAUUAAAAAGAGACAAUUUGCCUCCACGUGUAUUUGCUUAAGAAUGUAGAACCUUACCUUUUAAUUUCAAAAUUUUCCAAAGGCUACAAGCAUUCCCAAAUGCCGCAUGUUGCAUGGCAAAGAUUGAAAGCUUAAAAGGAUAAUACGGUGUUGGGUUGCCAUACUUGGUUCAGCCUUCCUGCUAUCUACUUUAGGUCUUAAUCUCACAGGCUGAAUGAAUCAUAGACACUUCUCAAUACGUUAUAGAAAAUACAGUUUUCUUUAAAGUAGCUUCUUUCACCUGAUACUGAAAAUGCCUAACUUCAAGCCUUCUUCCUUCAGUAACAACCUUAUCACUGAAGGGUGUUAUUAUCACAAUCUUGAGCUUAACAUUGUUUGAUAGAAAAGAUUUAUUUCCAACCAGACAGUCACCACUUAGGACUGAUGCAAGUCUACAUUAGGCUUUUGUAUCCAUCUUUACCAGGGGUGUCAAUACUUAAAGGUGCCAUGUACAGCAGCUCCUUAUCUAGAUCUGGAAACACCUUUUACUGUGAUGCACAUCUCAAGCUUCUUUUUUCCAACUCGGUAUUCGAAUGAAGAUUUUUUUUUUUUUUCCUGUGAAUGAAAGCUUUUCUCCUGUAGAUUUCCACACUCCUCUACAAGUUUAUCUCCAACUUUCAUAUAAAACUAAAUGUUACAAUAAGAAGAAUUAAACAGUGGUACAAAAUAAGUGUAUACUAACCAGACAAAAACUCUAAGCGUCCUGAUUCCACCUUAAAAACAAAAAACCCCAUUCUGUGUCGCAGUCGGUGUCUGUGCAUCCUUGUCUCCUUGUGCUGUUAAAUCUCCACACAGAAUGGGGUGACCCAUUGUCUUAAGGCCUAUUUGUUUCCUUUUUUUAUUAUUCUGUGAAUGUAUGCUUCUGAAUGAUGUGUGUAUGUGUGUGUCCAUAUCUUAUUUUUGUGUUUCUAUCUUGCAGGUUGUAGUUACUUUUUAACAGCUGCCUCAGGAUCCUAACCUGUGGGUUAGGGAGGAGAACUGUUUAAUCAUUGGUUACCUGGAUGAGGGAAGACACCAGCAUCGCUUAUGUAUAUAUAAACUAUAUACAGAUCUGACAACCUGUAGGUGAAUAGGAAGGUUAAAAGAAGUCUCCUGUAUUUAUUGAUGUAAAUCCUCAAGUACAAACUGGCUAAAUUUUCAGUCAUGCUUUAAGUUGUCGGAAACAAAAAAAAAUGGAAGUUAGAAGAUGAGCAAUAAUCUGUAACAUUAAUAAAUAAAAAUUAAAAUGUG